ACGGGACCCCUGGGUAGAGGGCAGGGCUGAGGCAGCAUGGGCAGUGGCCUCUAGUGACCAGUCCUACCAUGGGAAACAGCAAUUCCCACAAGAGGACCAAAGCACCCAGUCAGGCCAGCAAGGACAGGCCGCCUGACAUGGACAAGGCCCGUCACAAGCAGUUCUUCAGCCACCUCAAGCGGAAGAAGCCAAGUUGGCGUGAAGCCCCUGACUCCGCCCGGGUGGGUGAGAACCUCCGCAUCAAGGCUGGGAAAACCAAGAUCGUACUGCUUUUUCCGCUGGACAAGCGGCAGCAGCUGGCCGAGGCAGCACCGUGCCCAUGUGCGCGGCCCGGGCGGCCGGUUGAGGAUGCGCUCGGCGCCCCGACAUGCUUCCCAGCGGUGGCGCCCAUGCUGCGUGGCGCAGGCGACGGCGUGGACAGGCGCGAAGGCGCGCGCUCCGGGGAGAUGAAAAGGAUCCUGGUGCUGUUGCUGCAGCUGGAAGCACGGCUGCAGGAGGAAGGGCGUCGCGCGGCAGGCGGGCGAGGGGGCGGGGCCAAGGCCCAGCAGGGCUGGCAGCCGCUGUACGCGCAUCUGCUGACCCACCACGAGGUCUGCAGCGAAGGCGACCCCCGCGAGGAGCAGCCGCGCAAGCGGCGCCGCUGCCCUCGCCCGCGGCCUUGA